UUUCGCGUGUCGCAAAAACUCGGCGAGGGCACUUUUUCUCAAGUCCUCAAAGUCAAGCACAAAGCAUCUGGGAAAUUUUAUGCCAUGAAAAGAUUUCGCAAGCGAUUUAAUAGUACAUUUGAAGAAAUCCAAAAUCUGAGAGAAAUUCAAGCAUUACGACGUCUUAAUCCACACAAUCAUGUUAUUGAUUUGAUUGAAGUAAUUUUUGAUCAAAAGCAUGGCGUAUUAGCUCUCAAUUUUGAAUUGAUGGACUGUAAUUUGUAUGAACUAUUUUUACGAAAAAACGUUGUGAUUGGCGAGUCCAAAGCCAAAAACUAUUUUUUUCAGAUCUGCACUGGUCUUGAGUAUAUGCACAGUAAAGGGAUUUUUCAUAGAGAUAUCAAGCCAGAAAACAUUCUUGUCAAAGACAACACAAUCAAACUUGCUGAUUUUGGAUCCUGUCGAGGAAUUCAUUCCAAGCAGCCCUAUACAGAGUAUAUUGCAACAAGAUGGUACCGUAGCCCCGAAUGCUUUCUUUGCUAUGGAGUGUAUAACUUCAAAAUGGAUAUCUGGGGAGCUGGGUGUGUUCUUUACGAAAUUCUUUCAAAAGCACCGCUAUUUCCUGGCAGCAACGGACUAGAUCAACUACAUCGUAUUCACGCAGUUCUUGGCACGCCUAGU